AUGUAUUUAAGUAUAAUUAUAUUACCUUUAUUAGGAUCUAUAGUAUCCGGAUUUUUUGGUAGAAAAGUCGGUGUGACAGGUAGUCGUAUCUUAAGUUGUUUAAGUAUAAUAACAACUACAAUAUUAGCUAUUAUUAGCUUCUUUGAAGUGCUUCAAUUAGGUAUGAUGGUUAUAGCUAUAGGAUUAUCUUCUUAUAAUGUUGCUAUUUUCCAUUUAAUAAAUCAUGCUUUCUAUAAAGGUUUAUUAUUCUUAGGAGCAGGUGCUGUAAUACACGCAGUUGUAGAUAAUCAAGAUUUAAGAAAAUAUGGUGGAUUAAUUUCUUUCUUACCUUUAACUUAUACAGUUAUAUUAAUAGCUAGUCUUAGUUUAGUAGCCUUCCCAUUUAUGACUGGAUUCUUUAGUAAAGAUUUUAUUUUAGAAUCUGCAUAUGGUCAAUAUCAUUUUAGUAGUAUUAAUGUUUACUUUAUUGCCACAAUUGGUGCUGUAUUUACUACAUUAUACUCUGUUAAAGUUAUAUACUUAACUUUCUUAGCAAAUCCUAAUGGAUCUGUUAAUUAUUAUAAAAAUGCUCAUGAAGGUGAUAUAUUCCUAAGUUUACCUUUAGUUAUAUUAGCUAUAUUCUCUAUAUAUUUUGGUUACUUAACUAAAGAUAUAUAUAUAGGUUUAGGAUCUGGAUUCUUUAUAGAUAAUAGUAUAUUUAUUCAUCCUAUGCGUGAAAUACUUAUUGAUACUGAAUUUGGUGUACCUACUAUAUUUAAAUUACUUCCUUUCUUCUUAACUAUAUUAUUCUCAGUAUUAUCUAUAGUUUAUUACGAAUAUAUGCCUAAAGUAGUAGUAGAUUUUAAUUUAACUAACUUAGGAUAUUAUAUUUAUGGAUUCUUUAACCAACGUUUUUUAGUAGAAUUCUUCUAUAACAAAUAUAUAGUUAACACUGUAUUAGAUUUAGGAGGUCAAACUACUAGAGUAUUAGAUAAAGCUUGUUUCUACUUAUCUAUCGCCACAAUAUUCACUUUCAUUACUUUUGAUAUAUUAUUUAUUGUAACCAUAGCAAGCAUAUUAAUAAUGUUUAACGAAUAA